AUGGCCAAGGUGUCGGUGCUGAACGUGGCCGUGCUGGAGAACCCCAGCCCCUUCCACAGCCCCUUCCGCUUCGAGAUCAGCUUCGAGUGCAACGAGGCCCUGGCGGACGACCUGGAGUGGAAGAUUAUCUACGUGGGCUCAGCCGAGAGCGAGGAGUUUGACCAGAUCUUGGACUCGGUACUGGUCGGUCCAGUGCCCGCCGGAAGGCACAUGUUCGUUUUCCAGGCCGACGCCCCCAACCCGUCCCUCAUCCCGGAAAGCGACGCCGUGGGAGUGACCGUGCUGCUCCUCACUUGCACCUACCGGCGGCAGGAGUUCAUCCGCGUGGGCUACUACGUCAACAACGAGUACCCCAGCCUGGAGCUGCGGGAGAGCCCGCCCGCCAAGCCCGACUUCUCACAGCUCCAGCGGAACAUCUUAGCCGCCAACCCCCGGGUCACCCGCUUCCACAUCAACUGGGACAACCACACAGACAGACUGGAGGACUCUGAGAACCAGGACCCGGCCCUGGGCUGCACCCCGGUCAAGGGCCUGGGGCUCCCUGGCUGCAUUCCUGCCCUCCUGGCCGAGAACUCUAUGGACUGCAUCUAAGCCAUGCUGGACGGGGAAGGGGGAAGCCGGGCGGUGGCCAGGCCCGCCCCGAGCGGGAGACAGGGCCAGGCCCGCCCCAGGAGCCCGCAAGGCCGGCAGGAGCCUGCAGGGACCAUCACAGCAUCCAGGCUGUCACUGUGGCGCUGAAGAUCAUCUCGCCCCCUCCGGGGGACCCCACGAGGGGCGCUGUUCUGGUCCCUGUGUGUACCACUGUCCAUACCUGUGCCACUGAGCACCACAUGGCCACAGGCCCCCUCUGGGCCACCACCCGUCCCCUUGUCCAGCAUGGGCAGGCCGACCUCGCCAACAGCAGGGUGCCCAGGGAGAGCCACAGUCUCCCACCCUGGGGGAGAUACUGGCAGGCGCGUCAGCAGGACGACCCUUCCACCACCGGCUGCCCGCACCUGGCUUCUGCCAAGACCAGCGUGCCCUCCCGGGAACCGCAGGAGCCGUGCCCUCCAAGGGCUGUGGCGACUACAGCCUGUGGGCCAGUGGCAUUUUUAUAUUAAAGAUAUCUGGUUGGUUUGAAAAUAAGAGCACUUCAUCGAGGCGAGUGUCCAGCCCUCAUGCCCCCAGGGAGUGGCCGCAGCCCUGGCUGGCGGGCACAUGCCACUGUGGUCCUGCCUCGGGCAUUGCUUCCUCAGGUCUGUAGGUGGGUUGGACUCUGACCCGCGGGAAGAGAUCCAUAUCAGAUCCCAGCGCACGUGGGCAC